AUGAAAGAAGUGAGUGACAAAUCUAAAAUAGUUGAUGGGAAACGCAAACGAGUAAUGUCUGUGAAUGGAGUGAUGUCCGUAGUAACAAAGGAACUGUUACGAGAAUAGAAAACUCCAGUUCCCAAGGUUUAAAAGACAGUAGUUAAAAAACAAGAAAAUAAUAAGAAAGUCUCGGAAAAGCAGUAAUACUAGAAUGAUAAACGAGUUAAAAUAACAAAAUCAGCAUUGAGAGAGUUAAUACAAAGUCAUUUUAUCGUGGUUAGUGAUAAUGAAGAAGCACUGAUCCAAAGCAGCAAGUAUUAAAAAAUGUUAUUUGUUAGAUACUUUAACAACUCACUGGUUGGAAAUAAAUAAAAGCCUAGUUCAUCACUAGAUUCUCAAUCAGAUUCUUCAUCAUCAUCUAGGUAUAAAUGAAAUAAUCUUAUAUAAAAGUUAUUGAGGAAGAGAUUGUUGAUGUUAAAAUAUAUAUAUAUAAAUAUAUAGAUAAUUAUGAAUCAAGCACUAAUGAGUUUAACCCUCACUCCUAAUAAGAUGAUUGUACAAAUUUAAAGAAACCCUAGAUAGACCCUGACUUUCAAUUAACUAGAAUUUCUAACAAGUUGAUCAUCGAUAGAGGAAACAUGAAAAUGUGGGAAAGUAAAGAAAAAUUCGAUUAGAGUUUUCAACCCAGAAAGAUUUUUGGUAUUUUGGGCAUUUUCGAAGUAAGCGGAAAGCCUGUGCUAUUGUUUAUAGAGGAUGCAGAUAUGAUUGGGAUAUUGGAAGGAUGGCCAAUCUAUCAGAUUACUAAGGUGGGAUUUGUAGACAAGGUAUUCCAGUUAAUUAUUUUAGAAACAUUAAGAGCCAGAACAUGACAUUUUUGAGAAGGAUUAGUUAGAGAAGGUGAAGAAUCUAUUCAUCAACUCUUUUUAUUUUAGUUAUGGAAUAGAUUUGACUAAUCAAUCAAAUUAUCAGCAUAAUCGAUUUUGGUGGAACAGUAAUCUUUGUAAAAUGUUUCCACCUGAGUGGCAAUUGAAGAUCAUAUAAGGCUAUGUUGGGAUUUUCUAAAUAAGCCUAAGAAAUUUGAAUCAAAUCCAAUAUUGUCUAGUCAGUCGAAGAUCCUUUUAUAAGGGAGGAUCUAUUCGGAAUGACACUGGCAUAGACACUGAAGGUAAUGUUGCCAAUUACACUGAGACUGAGCAAUUGAUCUACCUGAACAAUGAAAAGGCUAGGUAGAUUUUGUGUAGGGGUAGCAUUCCUCUCUUUUGGUAAUACAAUAUCUUUAAUAAUUAAAUUGUAAUGAGUUAGGAAGAUCCAAAAAAGGCAUUGAAUAAGCACUUUCAAAUUCUAUUGUCUAAUUUUAUCAAAAUCCAUUUCAUCAAUUUAGUUGAUGAUGGUUCAUAGCUCUCAAAUCAACUAGACAGAUAUCUAACUGAGUCAGAAUAAAUGUCUAUCUAUAAAUUCAAUUUCAAGUCAGCAUUUCUCAAUAAGGAUUUGGAUAGUAUCAAUAAAUUCCUAGAAAAACUGAAUGAAUGGGUUGAUUACUCCUCCACCUUAGGACAUAGAUAGCAAAAUAUCAUGAGAAUCAAUUGUUAUGAUUGUUUGGAUCAAACUAAUAUUGUGAUGGCCAAAGUUGCCAUGAUGGGAGUUUAAAAAAUCCUAUAGGCUUUCAAAGUUGACAUCUCGGAGGAAUUCGAUGCUUAGAAUCUCUACGUUGAGUUGGACAUCCCAAGUAUUCACAAUAUACAUCCUUUCCUCCUCUAUUUCAAAUCGAGAUGGAUGGAAAAUGGAGAUCAAUUAAGAUUAAUAUAUAAGGUUGGAUAAUAGAAUAGUGAUUUGAAUCAAUUUUAUAAAAACAUGGUUGAGGAGAAAUAAUUGAAAGAAGUUAUUCACAGAGUACUUGGAUUCCCGAUUUCAGAGAGUUAGGCCAAUGAAAAUAUUAUGAUGUUAGAAAGAACCAUGAAAAAGAGAGAAAAUGAAUACACGCAAUUGUUGUAGAAGAGUGUUUAUGUUGUAACUUGGAAUAUCAAUGCCCAUUCACCUAAUGAUAAAUCUUUGUAUAGUUAGCUCUUUCAAUUCUAAACUCCUCCUCACAUUGUGGCUAUAGGGUUUCAAGAAUUAGUCAAACUUAAUACUCUAACUGUGGUUGGUCGUUAGAAUAGAGAUGUCAUUGAAAAUUGGAAAUAGAUUUUAUAUAAUUGUCUGAAUACUAAAGCUAAGUAUGUUUUAGCAGCUCAAUAAGUUAUGGUUGGGACUUUCAUUUUGGUCUUUGUGUUAGAUGAUGAAAAACUGCACAUUUCAAAUGUCAAAACAGAAAUUGUCAAAUACGGAUUUGGAUAAUCAUUAGGCAACAAAGGAGGAGUGGUAAAGAUAACAUAUAUACAUAGAUCAUUAAAUUGCGAUUUUAUGAUAGUAACAUCUGUUUUGUCAAUGUGCAUCUGCCAGCAGGACAAAAGUCUAAUGAUGAUAGGAUGGCUGCAUUUGACUAUAUCCACAAUAGAGCUGAAUUAAAUUAAUGCGAUUGGGUUAUAACAUUUGGAGAUAUGAAUUUCAGAAUCAAUCUAUCUCAAUAAUAAGUAGUAGCCAGCAUCUCUAACUAUCAAAGUAUUUAAAACCAAGAAUAGAAAGAAACCAUCUUGAAGCACUUAAAAGGUAAUCCAUUUCUAAGUAUUAAAAGAGUAUGAUUAAUUGCAUUUAGAAAAAUUAAAGUCUUAAUUCCUAAAAUAGUUUCAUGAAGCUGAUAUUUAAUUUUUACCUACUUAUAAGUUUGACAUAGGAACUGAAAUAUAUGACACAGUCAAAAAAAGAGUCCCUUCUUUUACAGAUAGGAUUCUGCUCAAAAAGAUUUAGAAGGUAGCUAUUCAUUCAGUUGAAUGGUAUGAUAGAAUUUAAGGGAAUUUUCAAGUCUCUGAUCACAGACCAGUUGGUUGUCUCAUUCAGACUUAAGUUUGUGAGAUAGAUAAAAAAAAAAAAGAAAAUUUGUUUAGAGAAUUGAUUCAAUUAGAAGAAGAUGAACAAAUCGGACAUCAAUAUUUUCCAAAGAUCUAAAAUAUCAAAAAUUUUGAGCCGUGCACCAAGUUUAAGUAAAGAGCUACUUAAUUAAAUGUUACUCUAAAACCUGAUAGAGAAUUGUUAAUGAAAUUAUGCAACCCAGAAUUUGAAUGA